AUGAGGUCUUUUGUCAACUUCGCGGCUCUCGCAUCCUCCCUGUUCCAUCUCAGUACCGUCAAUGCUAUCCCAACUCCGCUCAAACGUGCCAGUGCUCCCCCACUACCUCAGGAUGUCACUUUCUACCUCGCCUCCUCUGGCUUCGAAUCCUCUGCCCCAAGCACGAUCCUCAAGUCCAGACCUCUAAAGGACUUCUCUUUCUCCGGCAGUGUCCCUCUUCAGGUUCAGGCUGCAUUACUGUCGUAUCAGACGGCAGAAGAUGCGGCUUGGGAUGGCUGUGCACCCUCGUUUACUGUCCGUCAGUAUUCGGAUCGUAACAAUGGUGGACCUCUUGCUGGAGAGAUGCUUAUCAUCUUUGCUGCCUUGAACGAAGGUUAUGUUGUUAGCAUUCCAGAUUACGAGGGUCCUAUGUCGGCCUAUACUUCUGGGAUUUAA